AUGAGACCGCAAGAUGCCGCUCCAGCGCGUUUCUACAGUUUGCCAAAAAUCCACAAGCCAAAUGUCCCCCUACGACCCAUCGUAGCGCUGAAAGGCACACCUACCUAUGGACUGGCUAAAUGGCUUACCAAGCACUUAAAGAAGCUGACGGAAGGCUCCGAACACACAACCGCCUCCUCAACGCACUUCCUAGAAAAAGUCCGAGGCGUGACACUAGCCCCCGAUGAGAUCAUGGUAUCCUUUGACGUCGUCUCUUUGUUCACUUCCAUCCCUAAUGAGUUGGCCAUGAGAGUCAUCAGUGACCUACUGGAACGAAAGUACGACGAUGAAGAAAAACCGUUUAAAAGAAAGCACGUGAUUGAGUUACUGGACUACUGCUUAUGCACGUAUUUCACUUUUAACGGCCAUACUUAUGAGCAAGUCCAGGGAACCCCGAUGGGAUCCCCGAUCUCCGGCUACCUGGCUGAGGCGGUAUUACAGGAACUGGAAACUCGUGUAUUUCGGUCCUAUAAGCCAAAAUUCUGGAUGCGCUAUGUGGACGAUACCUUUGUCGUCCUACACCGAGAUGCGAAGGAGGCCUUUCGAGGAGAAUUAAACUCCAUCUUCCCACAAAUCCAAUUCACAAUGGAGGAAGAAAAGGACGGAACGCUCUCUUUCCUCGACGUGCGGGUAACAAGGCAGAAAGAUGGAACACCCCAGACCGGUGUUUUCCGAAAAGCUACAAGCACAGAGAAAAUACUCCACUACAACAGCAACCAUCCCCUGUCGCAUAAACGCAGUUGCGUCCGGACACUUUUCCGCCGCAUCAACACGCACUGCAGCACAGAGGCCGAGAAGCUACAAGAGCGUGCGUCCCUGUGGCACAUCUUCCUUGUCAAUGGAUACCCACGUAGCUUCGUAAACAAAUGUCUGUUCCAACGACACACAAAGACUGACGGUGAGGCGAAACAAAAACCUGAGGUACUCCGUGUCUUGCCCUGCAUGAGGAACGUAUCUGAGGCCAAUGAGCGUAUGCUGAGACCACUUAACGUGGGCGUUGGACACCGACCGGAAGCCACCAUCCGCCGAUUAGUCAUGCAGCCAAAGGGUAGGCUGCCCCCUGAGGACAUGUCUGGUGUCAUUUACCGCGUCAACUGCCUAGACUGUCAGGCCAACUGUUGCGGCAUGACAAACAAACGACUUAAAACGCGCAUACAUGAGCACACCUUAGCCGUCAAGCGGAAAGAUGCGCGCUCACACGUCGCCAUGCACUGUCUGGAAAAUGACCAUCGGUUUGACUUUGACGGCGCCCGAGUGCUCGGCCGAGCGGAAAACAGACUGGCGCGAGAAAUAAUCGAGGCCUGGCAAACAGACGCCAACUCCACCAACCGCUGCGUCGACCUACCGUCACCAUACGAGGCCGCCAAACACCACCUACGCACCAGGGGAGGCCCAAUGAGGAUAGAAAUUGAUGACCCUAUCAGGCGCGAGCGGGACGGACCUAUUUAA